CCUUGGGUAUGUGCCUGAUAGGGCUUGAAGAGCCUGGCCCUGAAGGGCUCACUUCUACCUCUCUGUUGGAUCUCCUGCUGCCAAGUGGACUGGAGUCAGUAGACCCAGUUGAGCCAAGUGAGGCCAUUGGGCCAGGAGUUGGGUUAGGAGGUCCUGGUUCAGGCUUCACCAGUGAAGAGAAUGAAGAGUCCAGGAUUCUGCAGCCACCACAGUAUUUCUGGGAAGAUGAGGGAGAGCUGAAUGACUCCACCUUGGACCUAGGACCCACUGAAGACUACACCUUUCCACUCUCGCCACAGAAAGGAGAAGACAAGAGCCAGGAUCAAGAAUCUCCUAGCCUCUCCUCUCCCCUGCCAAAAAUGAAUCUGGUUGAGCCACCCUGGCGUAAUCCUCCUGAGGAUUUGGAUGAAGAGGAAGAGGAAGAGGAAGAGGAAGAAGAGGAAGAGGAGGAGGAGGAGGAGGAGGAAGAAGAAGAAGGACAGGAAGGGGAAGAGGAGGAAGAAAGGGAACCAAAAAAGGAGCAGGAGGAGAGAUUGCUUCCAGUGAAUGGGUCACAGGAGACACCUCAAUCUCAGGUCCCUGGCCCCUUUUCUACCAGCACUACCCCACCUGGCUCAGUGCCAGGGGCUCCCAGAAACAGACAUGAAGAUCCUGUGGACCAGGGUGUGGAAGUAGGGAGCAGCAUGGAGCCAAGCUUAUCACCGCUGCCCAUUAACCCAACUACAGUGGCCCUGGACAGCCAAGACUUCACCAAGCAGGAGGCAGAGGGGACUGUGGGAGUUUUAGAACAAGAUGCAGGUCAUUCUAAGGAGUUAGAAGUCCAUGGGGAAAUAGAUGGGGAGGCUACAGUGGUAACAAAAGGACCAGUGGUCAAGCAAGGGGAUGAGCCCUCUUCAGUAUCGCCUUCUCAAAGAAAUGUGCCAUCUGGGGGUCCUUCCCAGACUAGUAUCUCUGCCUCUCCCACCCUGGACCUCAAUGGAAUAGAACUCAUGCCCUCUGCUGAUGCCACAGGGCAACAAGAACUUCCUCUUCAAGCUGAGGAUGGGAAGGCUUCCGGGGUACCUACCAGAACAUCCUGGGACCCAGCUCAGGUUAUCUGCAAAGACUGGAGCAACCUGGCAGGAAAGAACUACAUCAUCCUGAAUAUGACAGAGAACAUCGACUGUGAGGUGUUCCGGCAACACAGGGGGCUUCGGCUUCUGGCCCUGGUAGAAGAGGUGCUGCCCCGGCAGGGGGAUGGGCGUCCUGGGGACUGGCACAUAUCCCUGAGCAAACCCAGUGAGAAUGAGCAACAUUUGCUGAUGACCCUAGUGGGAGAGCAGGGAGUGGUUCCAACGAAAGAUGUCCUCUCGGUUCUGGGUGACAUCCGGAGAAGCUUGGUGGAGAUUGGCAUCCAGAACUACUCCACCACCACCAGCUGCCAGGCCCGGCCAAGCCAGGUCCGGAGUGACUAUGGAAAGCUCUUUGUGGUUCUGGUCGUCAUCGGGUCCGUCUGUGUCAUCAUCAUUGUGCUGGGGCUCAUCUACAACUGCUGGCAGCGUCGCCUGCCCAAGCUCAAGAACAUGUCCCACGGAGAAGAACUUCGCUUCGUGGAGAAUGGAUGCCAUGACAACCCCACAUUGGAUGUGGCCAGUGACAGCCAGUCAGAGAUGCAAGAGAAGCAGCCAAGCCUGAAUGGAGGCAGCACUGUCAACGGGCCUGGGGGCUGGACUGUGCUGAUGGGGGGCAAGAGAGACCCUGAGGACUCGGAUGUAUUUGAGGAGGACACACACCUGUGAAUUGGCUUGGGGGACCAGUCCCUUCCCUCCCCUCCACCAAUACCAGGCACGCUCCUUUCUUUCCACCCCAGGACUUUGGACCGCACUCUGGACAAAACCAGAACAUUGCUGAAGGGGUGUGAGUGGAACACAUUCAGGUCAGGUUAGGUAUGUCGGAGAGAGAAGUACCCAAUUCUGUCCUGCUUUAGAGACAAAUCUGUAUUAUUCUGCUCAAAGCCCACCACUAGGUCAUGUCUCUUUCCCUUCCUCCAAAUCACCUCACCCUCCCCUUCCCAGCCUGGCAUCUAUCUCUUGGCUGGCCCUGUGCAUCCCAAGCAGAAAGCUGAUGACUUGAUCUCUACCCACCUCCAAGGUGGGGAGCUCCCCUUGCUUAACUCUCGAUUGCUGAAGUGAAGAAAGGGCCCAGAAAGAAGAUCACAGUGGGUAAUGACAGAAUUUGCGUCUGAACCUAGAAUGUAAGCACAUCACCCUGUCAGGCUUGAGUACCUGGGGCAAAGAGAAAAGAGAGUUCAGGUCAACCUUCAUUUUCUGUUCCAAUAGAAAUCGCCGUCAGGAAACCCACUUAUGCUACACCCCUUCUCCCACCUCCUUCCUCCACCUCCGUCUCCAACAUCUUGCUUUGGCUGACCGCAAAGCACAGAGUGGCUGGGCCCAAAGCCUGGUAGGGAUUAGGACUCAGCUUCUCACAGCUUUUAGCACGACAAGCUCCCAUUCCCCCAUUGCUGGUGGGGAUCGGAUGGGAAAGCUUGCAUAUGAGGUUGCCCCUUCACCCCACCACCUCCCCACCCCCAGGUAUCUCAGAUGCCACCACCCCUGCUCUAUGCAACCAAGGCUUAUGAACCAGCCCCCAAAUCCUGCCCAGCCCGGCUAGAGAAACAACGCUUCACUUCUGGACACUCUUGAUCUGUUGUGCUGUUGCCAAGUUGACUUCUCCUGUGUUAUUGAUCGACCUCAAUUUGCUGAUAGGUGGUUUCUCCAAAAUCACUGUGUACCACCCCAGUAGCAGCUUUGAUUAUUCUAAGCUCUUCAGGACAGAGUGCUGUUCCCCUGGGGAUCCAGGCAAGGUGCCUGAAGGUGGAAGCUGCUGUUAUUUAUUAAUGGGGGGGGGUGGGAGGGGGGAGGAAAGGGCAGAUGAUAUCCUUUCCCUAUUCCCAGUCAGCUCUCCUCCCGGCACCAUGGAACUGAUUAAACUGGCCCUGGAUUAAGGAUGUUGAGCAGAAA